CAGGCAGUUCCAAAGAGGCUUGCCAGAGAAGUGUGCUGACUGACCUUGCUCUGCAAAAUUUAAGAUCUGCACUCAACGAUAAACCCGCAGCCCCAUCCAGGUCUGGCUUUUUUAAAAGGGUUGGGCUUUUGUUCCAAGCUGCAACUGGGAAACGCUUUCCAGAUUUGAGAUCAAGCAGAGUCCAGUUACAAAACGCUUCUUUCCUGAAUCUGUGACAGGGGCAGAUCGGAGAUGAGGCAGGGUGGAUCUGAGACAGAGGAGGGGGCGAGAGAGCUGGGCUGCAAAGGAUCAAGCAAAGCAAUCCAGGGAUUCGGAGUCUGUAGAGAUUCUCAGUCGUCCAGGUCAUGGUUGUCUCAAAAGGUGCCUUUUCAAGAGGCAACUGGGCUUUCUGCUUUUUUUCUUUGAAGAUGUUUCGCUUCUCCUCCAAGAAGCUUCUUCGGCUCUGACUGGAUGGUGGGGAAUGGAAGGAUUUAUAUUCCUUGCAGACAACUGAUUAUUUGCAUCCUUUUCGAGGGUGGUUGAAGCACUUGGAGGUUUAUCUGUGUCCUCAGGGUCACCGGAGUGGUGCAAAUGAUUCCUGUAGUCUGCAAUCCCUCUGGAAGUCCAUUCCUACUCCCACAUCAUUCGAAGGGUGUUCAUCAGAAGUGGUAUUCAGCCGGUUCAGACGGGUUCGCCCGAACCGGUAGAAUCCAAACCAGUAGCACCUGCCCCAGGUCUAUGACAUCCUAGUUAGGCACGUUUUUGAGGCCCGGCGCAUGUGCGGAAGGCACACGUGAGAGCAAAGCUCAUGCGCGGAAGGCUGGGUGUAUGCGCGGAAGGCAGGCGCGCGCGCACAAAGCAAGCGUGCAUGCACGAGGUAAACCUGUAGUAACAUAAUCUGAAACCCACCGCUGGUGUUCAUUCCAAAUUGGAUAGUUAAAAAAGUAAAAGGUAGUUAGAGAUUCUCAGUCAUGGAACCAGGUCAUGGUUGUCCCAAAGGUGCUUUUUCAGGAGGCAACUGGACUUUCUGUUUUUUUUGUUGAAGAUGUUUUGCUUCUCAUCUAAGUAGCUUCUUCAGCUCUGGCUGGAUGGUGGGGAAUGGAAGGAUUUAUAUUCCUCGAACGGAUUUCCAGAAGAACUGCAGACUACAGGAACCAUUAGCAUUACUCAGAGUGACCCUGAGGACACAGACAAACCUCCAAGGGCUUCAACAACUCUGUAAAAGGAUGCAAAUGACCAGCUGUCUGCAAGAAAUAUUCCCCACCAUCCAGUCAGAGCUGAAGGAGCUUCUUGGAUGAGAAGCAAAAGAAGCCUUCGAAGAAAAACAAGGAAGUCCAGUUGCCUGCCUGAAAAAAAACAUCUUUGGGACAAUCCAGAUAUUAUUCUUUGACUGUCUCUUCCUGGUCACCCGGAGGUUGGCCUCCUAAAACUGGUAGCUCUGAUCUACCAGGUAGCUGAGAGACCUAGAAAUAAAUUCGACCAUUUGUUUCCAUUUUUAAGAGAUGGUCAGUCUCAAGGAAGAGAUGUGUUCAGUGGCUGCAGAGAUGAACAGGUGCUAUAGGCAUCUUAGUGCCAGGUAUAUGCUUUGGAGCAGUUUCUCAAUCUUGACAAAUCGAAGAGGGUUGGACUUCAACUCCCAGAAUUCCCCCACCAGUAUGGAGCGUUGAGGUCCACUUGCAUGCAGGCUGGAGAGCUCUGGGAGUUGAAGUCCACCCAUCUUAAAGCUGCCAGGGUUAGGAAAUGCUGCUUCAGUGGCAUCCUGCUCCGUACAUCCAGCAUUGUAUUAGGUGUUAAUUAACCUUAAUAGAAUAGAAUAGAAUUUAUUGGCCAAGUGUGAUUGGACACACAAGGAAUUUGUCUUGGUGCAUAUGCUCUCAGUGUACAUAAAAGAAAAGAUACGUUCAUCAAGGAGGACUGUGUGGGGAGAGAAAAAUCGAUGGAAGCAGGUGGGACCUCUCUGGAAGUUCAGCCCAAAGAGACAGAAGCACCCCCAAGGAUUCCAGAUGACUCAGAAAGACAGCGGGAGAGGAAAAUGGCUGCGGCCAAAAAGCUGAGGAAUGCAUCCAUCGCCAGCAAAGAUGUUGGCCAGGUGAUCCCAGCUGAGUCACAAACAGCGCGGGAGAGGAGACAGAAUGAAUGCCACACGUGUGGGAAAAGUUUUUGUUCCAAAUCCCGCCUCAAAAUCCACCAGAGGAUCCACACGGAGAGACGGCCCUAUCAAUGCCAGGAGUGCGGCAAGGGCUUCCGGCAGAGCGGCCACCUAUCCCAGCACCAAAGGAUGCACACCGGAGAGAGGCGCUACAAAUGUUUGGAGUGUGGGAAAAGUUUUAGCCAGAGCACCUAUUUCAUCUUGCACAAGAUCACCCACACGGGAGAAAAACCUUUCACUUGUCCGGAGUGCGGGAAGAGUUUCAGCCACAGCCGGAAGCUGACUAUACAUCGCGCCAUCCACACGGGCAAGAAGCCGUACCGAUGUCCGGACUGUGGGCAGAGUUUCAGCCAAAGCACCCACCUGACUUCCCAUCAGAGUAUCCACACCGGAGAGAAGCCGUAUCGGUGUACCGAGUGCGGGAAGUGCUUCAAUCAGAGCACUCAUUUGACUCUACACCGGCGGAUCCACACGGGAGAAAAACCCUAUCGGUGUCUCGAAUGCGGGAAGUGUUUCAGCCAGAGCCCGCACUUAACUUUACACCAGAGAAUCCACACCGAGGAGAAAAUCUAUAAGUGCUCUGAGUGUGGGAAGGGAUUCCAUCGGAGCGAUCACCUGACCUCGCAUCAGAGGAGUCACACGGGGGAGAAACCGUAUCGCUGCUCCGAAUGCGGGAAGAGUUUCAGCCGAAGUUCGAUCCUGCAUAAACAUCAGAGAAUCCACAAAGAGGGAGAAACAUCGGUCUGAAUUUUUCUCGACGCUGAACUCGAUGGGCAGAACUUUUGAGGGUCUCUGGUCUUUUGAGGUUUUGAAGAUUGCUUGACAGCUUGUGGUCUGGUGCCUAGCUAACCUUUAGGGUUAGGGGUCUCCAAACAUGGCGACUGUAAGACUUAUGGUCUUCAACUCCCAGAAUUCCUUAGCCUGCCAUGGGAAUUCUGGGAAUUGAAGUCCACAACUCUUAAAGGUGCUUCCCCCCCCCCCCCCCGAGGCAACUGGACUUCCUUGUUUUUCUUUGAAGAGCUUUCGCUUCUCAUCCAAGAAGCUCCCAAGAAGCUCUGACUGGAUGGUGGGGAAUAGAAAGGUUUAUAUUUCUUGCAGACAGCUGGUCAUUUGCAUUCGUUUAGUGAAUCGUUAAGGCCACCUGGAAGUUUAUCUGUGUUGUCAAGGUCACCUGAGUGGUGCAAAUGGGUGUUGCUCCUUGUUGGAACGGCUGAAAGGACUGUGUUGUAGACUGGAGAGAGAUGUAUGUUGUAUCCCCCGUUUAGAGGGCUGUUCAAUUCAGAUAUAGAUGGCCUUUUUCAAACCAGCGGUCCUCUUGGACCAAAACAUGGACUUUAUUGUUUUCAAAAGCCUUUGUCUUUUAAAUGCAGAUGGGCUGCUAAAUCUAGUCCUGAUGGGUUUAUUCCAGCGGUGAAAUCCAAAUUUUUUUUCUACCGGUUCUGUGAGCGUGGCUUGAUGGGCAGGGGAAGGAUACUGCAAAAUCUCCAUUCCCACCCCACACUCUGGCCAGCCAGAGGUGGUAUUUGCCGGUUCUCCGAACUACUCAAAAUUUCCGCUACCUGUUCUCCAGAACCUGCUGGAUUUCAGUCUGUGCCAUCCGGUCAGAGCUGAAGAAGCUUCUUCAAAAGAGAAGUGAAACUUCUUCAAAAGAAAAACCAGAAAGUCCAGUUGCCUCUGGAAAAAACAAGCACCUUUGGGACAACCAUGACCUGGAGGACUGAGCAUCUCCACAGAUACAAGUCUUAAAGUUGCCACGUUUGGCCGCCCCUGCUUUAGUCAGUAGAUGAAACUUGGGGGUGUUGUGGAAAUGUUACUUCAUAAUAAGGAUGCGUGAAGUAUGAUGAACGUGCAUAAAUUGCAGCAAAAUAUGAAUUAAAUGUGGAAAUAAGGUGAGGACUAGAAAUUGUAAUAAAGCAGUUUGGAAAAAUUCCAGUGUUUUUUCCUUGGUUAUCAACUGGUGGCAUCAUCUCCAGUAAUCAAUCUACCAAAUUUCCCCAAAAUAAACCGGGUCUUAUAUUAAUUUUUGCUCCAAAAGACGCAUUAGGACUUAUUUUCCAGUUAGAUCUUAUUUUGGGGGAAAAUAGAGUAAAUGCAUCUAUCUGGCUGAUAAUCUUAACGGGGUUAUUUCUGGGGUAGGGCUUAUAUUACGAGCAUCCUGAAAAAUGUCCAGUUAGGUCUUAUUUUCAGGGAAACGCUGUAAUACUUGGUGCUUUUUGGACUUGCCCACUAUAAGAUGUAUGGACUUCAACUCCCAGAAUUCCCCAGGCUGGCGAGGAAAUUCUGGGAGUUGAAGUCUAAAACAUCUUUUGCCAAGUUAGUCUAUACCAGUGGUAGUCAACCUGGUCCCUACCGCCCACUAGUGGCUGUUCCAGCUUUCAUGGUGAGCGGUAGGGGUUUUGUCCGAUACUGAAGCACUUUCCUUUUUUUAAAUUUAAUUGACUUUUUAAAAAAAUUUCAUAGCAUUAUUUUAAAAGAUUUUCAUUAAGUUUUCAUAAAAUUCUCCAUGACAAUUUAAAUUUCUGAAAAUAUACUAUUUGUAUCGCCAGCGCAUAAGUUUAGUUCACGUUACUU